CCGCGUGCUGCUGACAGUGAGCUCAGUGUGAGAGAGGAGCCUCGCGACCACCUGCUAAACUCUCCAACGGUUAUCAGUUGACGGUGACGGGCUAACGUCUAGUAGCAGCUAACCAACUAACGAACGGAAAACUUCCGGAGAUAACGACUGACGACGUGUGUGUUCAGGUUGACAGUAAAGCAGUUCUAUAAUGGAGGAGCUUCACGACGUCCAGCUGACUGAAAUCAAACCUCUCCUGACAGGACAGAAUGGGAGAAAUCUGCAGGACUUUGACUGUCAGGAGCACGAUGUGGAGACAGCCCACGGUGUGCUGCACGUUACCAUGAGGGGAGUUGCUAAGGGCAACCGACCCACAAUCCUCACCUACCAUGACAUCGGACUCAACCAUAAGUCUUGUUUCAACAGCCUGUUUAACUACGAGGACAUGCAGGAAAUCACACAGCACUUCUCCGUUCUGCAUGUUGAUGCGCCAGGACAGCAGGAGAACGCUCCUGUGUUCCCCACCGGGUACCAGUACCCCACCAUGGAUGAGCUGGCGGAGAUGCUGCCAUCUGUCCUGACACAGCUUCAGGUGAAGUGUGUGAUUGGCAUCGGUGUGGGAGCUGGAGCCUACAUCCUCACCAAACUGGCUCUGAAUGAGCCCACUCUGGUGGAGGGGUUGGUUCUGAUCAACGUGGACCCGUGUGCAAAGGGCUGGGUGGACUGGGCUGCCGCUAAGCUGAGCGGCUGGACGAGCAACGUGGUGGACGACAUCAUGGGACAUCACUUCAGCGCUGAUGAGUUAUCAGACAACAUGGAGAUCGUCCAGACGUACAGACUCCACAUCUCUCAGGAUAUACCGCUGGAGAACCUGUCCAUGUUCUACAACAGCUACGACAGCCGUACUGAGUUGCAGAUGGAGCGGCCGCUCGUUGGUCUGAAUGAAGACACAGUCACCACACUCAGGUGUACCUCUCUGCUGGUGGUUGGAGACACGUCGCCUGCUGUUGAGGUCGUGGUGGAGUGUAACUCGAGACUGAACCCCACCAAGACGACCCUGCUCAAGAUGGCAGACUGCGGAGGACUUCCUCAGGUGGUGCAGCCUGGAAAACUAGCAGAAGCCUUCAAGUAUUUUGUCCAGGGGAUGGGCUACAUGCCGACAGCUGGCAUGACCCGGCUGGUGCGCUCCAGAACUCACUCGGCCUCCAGCGUGGGCUCGGCCGAGGGCGUCCGCAGCCGCAGUACCACCACCACGCUGCCAGAGGGCGCCACCAUCCCCGGACACAUGGCAGAACAGACCAUCGAGAUGACUGCGUAGGACUCUCCCUGCUCUGUUCUCUCUCUCUUCCUCCUGAUGCUGCGUGCGCCUGAAACUUUCCUUCUCUGUGUCGGACGCAGCCAAACAUUUCUAACGUUGUAGUCGUUCUUCCUAAUAAUGAAAAGGUCACAUCUAAUAUGAAAGUAGGUUUAAAAAAAAACAAAAAAAUACCCGUUGCUCUUUAGGAUGUUGUGUAACUUCCUGCCCCCUGGAGCCAUGCUGUUGCCGUGGUGACGCUGUAGAUGUAACUGUACAUGGAGCUGGUUCAUAUUUACAGUUGUGUUGUGUUUUCAGUAGAUUAACCAGACCUUCAUUUCUCUUCCCUUAGUUUGGGCCUGAUCCCUCCUUCUUUUUAUUAUUACUCUUAUUAUAAUCGUUAUUACUUUGUUAAGACUCUUGUUGUUGGUGUUGUUUGCUAUGAAGCUCGUUUCUGAAACUCUUUUCCUAAAAUUACGGUUACUUAAAGGGACUAUUUCACCAAAAAGAAUAAUACGAAAUAACCUAACUACUGCCCUGGAAUGCCAGACAAAAGAUCUAUUUUUUAUGACUUUAUAUAGGAGUUGUAUUGAUAUUAUGACAGCAAAAUAAUAUUAAAAUAUCUCAAAUAAAAUCAUAUAUGAAGCUACUACACCGCAUUGGGGUUUAAAAAAAACAUUUUAAAAGGGAAACAUUUUAAAAGGGAAGGGGGGGUUUUAAGAUACACAUUUACUAGAAAGUAUGAAAAUAAAAAGGUUACAUUUACAAGAAAAAACUGAAAAAAAAUUGGAUACAAAAAUCUUUUGUGUCACCAAGUUUGCAGAUGAUCAGUUUUGAAAACGCUCUAUAAUUCUUAAAACAGCCCAAAUAUCUCUCAAUCAGCUGCAGUUGGUCGUUAUUUUAUCAGCAUGAAGACGUCUUUUUCUACUGAUAAAACCUCAAGAAAAGGGCAACGUUUAUUUCUGUGAACGGGCAGAUGUGUGUCUGUUAUUCCGGCUUCAGAGGGUUAAGUAAUAGAUUCUGAAACGCAUCAUUUAAAAAAGAUGAUCUUAACUUUAUCCUCUGGAGGGGAUCCUGAAGUCUUCCUCUUACUCUACUCAGUGUUCAUUCGGUCGUCAGCAGCAUGCUCGUGGUGGAGUUUUGGCAUGAAGUCUGUACCGUGCUCAGUGAGUCUCUGAGAUGUUGCUCAGCUGUGAACCUGCCUCUCAACUCAAGAAACCUCCACGUAAAAAAACAAUAGAGACGCUUGAACUUGAAUUUUUUUCCACGUGUGUUGCCGUUUUGUUUUUCUGGACUGAAAGCAUUCAGCAGGGUUGUUGAUAAUUGAAUUGUAUAGGUACUUAGUUGUUUGGCUUAAAGGUAGGGUAGGUAAGAAUGGAGAAACCAGCUCGAGUGCGCUGGAAUUUGAAAGUACGCAGCCGAAAGAAAUCUGCCCCUUCCUUCAGACUUCCUUACAGAGCCCCUCCUCCAACACACGAACGCGCACAUGACCAAUGAGGGCACGAGAUAAGUUUGUGCACAGAUGGAAGGCUGACAGGCAGGUAGGCCAUCCAGUUAUUUUAGCCGGGCCGGCUCAGAUGAUUGGUCGUGCUUUUUACAGUACUACGGCUUCCACAGAUGACAUUUUUUUAUGUAUUUAUUGUCAAAGCAUUUCAUAUAUUCAUUGCUAUCGGGAUGUUAAGAGCAUUCCAUGGAAUAUAACAAGUGUUUCUGAAGUGAAUUACCUACCCUACCUUUUAAGUGACAUUGAUUUGAUAACUUGCACUUUAAAUGUCACUGUUGGAGACAUGUUGCUCGUCCUGCUGAUGUUGGUUGACUGAUGUUGAUGUUGGUUUCUGUAGAGACACGUUAUGAUGCUGAACUUUUCCGUACUGAUAACAUUUAAACAGUUCUCUGGUGAGAUGCUGCCCCCUGCUGGAGGACUGAAUAGCAGCUCCUAGAACAACAAAUACAUCCUGGUAUUUUGACUCUUAUUUGAAUUAUGUAACACUUCUGUAAAUCAAAAACAUUCAGAUCUUAGAGAGGGGGUUUCUGAACUAACAGGGUCGACCCGCAGACUCACUCAAAGUCAAAUAUGAACUCAUUUUAUUCUAUAUUUACACUAACUGUAUUCCUGCCGUCUGUUACUGUUACUAAUAUUUAUUACUGAAACUAUUACUUUUGAGAUUUGUACUGAAGCAUUGGUAGCUGUUACUCUUGAGGUUUGUUGUUCCAUGACUUUUAUUGUAAACACGGUUUGUAAUGAAAUAAAGCUCGUUAAUUAAUAUCCAAAA